CAAUGAUGGAAGAGAUGGAAUAUCUAAGAUUGCCUCCAAUAUUGGCAAAAUAAGUUUAACAUCCUGGUAAUUAAAUAUUCAAUUGUAGAGGAAUAUAUAAGAAAAAAUGAUCCUAAAGAACCUACGAGAAGGAUUUUUAAAAAUGUUCCAAUAACAUAAGAUGAACGUAAACAAUUGCAAUAGCUUAAAGAUAAUCUUUCAGCAAACAGAAUAGAAAUUAAUCCUGAGUAUUACAUUAUUAUAAAGUAGUUCAUAAACAGAUGAAGUACUUUUACGUUAUCUAUAUGCUAAUUAUUUCAAUAUUGAAAAUACUAAAGAAAUGAUUAAAAGUCAUUUAAAUUGGUUACGUGAAUCUAAAAAUUAUGAAUUUGAUUAAGAUGUUCUAGAUGUUUAUGUAAUUUCAAUUAUAUUAUAGAAUAAAGGUGUUGUCUAUAUACUUGGAAGAGAUAAACAAUACAGACCUACAUUGAUAAUAAAUUGUGAAUUAAUCACAACUAUUAAUGUAGAACUUUUAAAAAGGGCAAUUAGCAUUUUAUGUAUAAUUAUGGAAGAUUAUUGUUUUUUUGAUGGCAAGAUAGAAAAUUGGAAUAUUAUUAUUGAUCUUAAAGAGAAAUGCAUUUUAAAUGUUAAAUUAUAAGACUAUUAUUCGUUAUUUUAAUUAAUGUAUUAAAAUUUUCCUUGCACAGUAGAUAAAAUAUUUAUAUUACAUCCUUCAUUAAGCAUUUAAUUAGGAUGGGCUGAAUUUAUGGAACGUGUUAAUAACAAAAAGAAAUUAAUUAUUGUAUCAGAUAUUAAUUAAUUUAAAAAAUAUUAUGAGCCUACAUAAUUAGAAAGAAAAUAUGGAGGAAGAUUAGAAACUAAAAAAUAUUUUCCUCCAUUAAAUACUUUACCAGAAGGAAAAUAAUUAACGGAACCUUUAAAAAUGAUAGAGACUAUGAAUUAAUAAUAGCAACAAUAAAUUUUAAUAUAAACAAAACAAAGUGUUUAAGCUCAAAAUACUUUUUAAGAAACAGUCACUAAAUAAAUUCAGCCUGCUGAAACAAUGAAAAUGACUAAAACUAAAAUUGAUAGAGACUUUUCUGUUUAUCCUUAAUAAGAAAUCAACGAUUUUAAAGUUUAUAGACCUACAGAAUUAACUAAAGAACCAAUCAAAAAUAUCUCUAAAUAUAAUAGGCUAACUCAAGCAGAAAUUUUAAAAAAAGAAUAUGACUAUCAAGUUUAACAAACCAUAUUGCAAUAGAAAUAGGCAGAGGUUAUGAAAAGUUAUAAAUACAAAUAAAGUUAAAUUUUUUUUGAGGAAAAUGAUUAAGAAGAAAUCUUAAGUGAGUAAAUAAGAACUUAAACAGUGAAACCUUAAUCAGUUUAAAAUUAACCAUCAAAUAUAAAAGGGAGAUUAACAGCUGAAUAAGUGGAAGAAGAUAAUGCUGCUUGCUUAAUUUUUUGA